UUCUGGACCUUCCUUGGAGUCGACUAGCCCUAGGUCACUUCUGGAGGGUUCAGGGUGGUGAGGAGGUUGAGAGGGCCUAACCAGAACCCGCCUCAGCCCCACCCAACUCCAGAGAUCUUUGACCUCAGCCAGCCAGAUGACUCCCUUCCCCCACUUCCAGCAUACCUGAAUGGGUACAGGUUGGGCCUAGGGUGGGGUAGGGGAGGUUUGGAAGAUCCAAAGGAGGGGACUUUGUACUGAAAGAAGAGUGGGCUCAUUUUCCCCAUUAAGUCCCCACUCUCCUCUCACACUUUCUGUUUCCUGUCUAACUGGAAUGGGGGUGAUUCAGGGGUUUCCCAAACGCUCUCACACCCUAUGGCUGCCCGGAGGGUAAUGGGUUCACCCUGGCCCUGAGCACCCAGGGGAGAGGAGGAAGGGAGUUCUCAGCACUCCUAGCUGGAAGAUAGCAGUUGCCUUUAGAUCAGCUAGGGGCGCCAGCAGGGGUGCUAGAGUGGGCUUUCCUGUUCCUGCUCUGCUCUGUCCCUAGGGAUGGAAAAUGCCCGAGGCUGGUUGGGGGUGGGGACAUGGCCCGGGGCUGUCCAGGUCCCUGGAUGUCCCGCCCUGGCUCCUGCCCUACCGGCUGGGCCUCCUGCCAGUGGCAGGCUCAGCAAGUCCUAGGGGCGUGGUGGAGCUGCAGAAGCAAAGGCAGAGGUAGCCUUCUGCUGAAGAGGGAACCUUGUGUAGCCAGAAAAGGAGCUGGAGAGGCAGCCAAGUGGAAGCCCAGACUACAGGAGCCAGAGACCCUCACGCCUCAUCCUCUGAUAUCAGCCUCUUCCAUGAGCUCCUUUCUCUACUAUGCCCUCCCUGCCCUGGGGGGCUAUACUCUGCUCUCCCUCUUCUUCCUUCGAUGGCCCCGACUUCUCCAUGUUCCCUGGAACCCUGCCUUCUGCUGCCAACUUGCUGCCCACAGAGCGGGUUCUGGGGAACGGCUGGAGAAUACCAUGGAGGCUCUUGAGAAUUCCAUGGCCCAACGAUCAGACCUCUUUGAGCUGGACUGCCAGCUGACCCGGGAUGGCCAGGUGGUUGUCUCCCAUGAUGAGAACCUCUAUCGACAAUGUGACUUAGACAAGAAUAUUCAGGAUGUGGACUAUGAGGACCUGCCACUUUACAGGGAGGAGUUGGAAGUGUACUUCUCCCCAGGCCAGUUUGCACGAGGAUCAGACCGAAAGAUGAUUCGGCUAGAAGAUGUUUUCCAGAGGUUCCCCCAAACACCCAUGUCUGUGGAAGUGAAAGUGGAAGAUGAGGAGCUUAUUAACAAGAUAGCCACCAUGGUCAAGAACUUUGGCAGAAGUGAAAUAACCAUCUGGGCUUCUGAAAAGAACUCUGUCAUGAAGAAAUGCCAUGCAGCUAAUCCAGAAAUGCCCACUUCCUUCACUGUGACCCGAGUCAUUUGGUUGCUGUUGAUGUACUAUGGAGGACUGUUGCCAUUCUUCUCCAUCCCUGAGAGAUUCCUGCUUUGCUUCCUGCCCACCAUCAUCAACAGGACCUACUUCCCAUUUUCCUGCCCUGCUGUGAAUAGAUUGGCAGCAGCCUUAACUAAGAGGCUGAUCAUGAGGAAAAGUCUGAUCAGGCAUCUUGAAGAAAGAGGGAUACAAGUGGUAUUUUGGUGCCUUAAUGAGGAAUCAGAUUUUGAAGUGGCCUACAGGCUGGGAGCCACAGGGGUCAUGACAGAUUACCCUACUGCCCUUCGACAUUAUCUGGACAACCAUCCGCAGGAACCUAACCAGAGCAAUUCGGACAGGUGACUCAAAGAGCUAACUGGGUCAAGGAUCUCUACAUUUUUUUUCUUUUUAAAUGGUUUGUUGAAGAACUGUUUGAAUACAUCACUGUCACUUUCCAGUGAUUGAUUCUCCGGCCACACAGCAAUAAAGAUCUCCCUAGCAGUCAAGCAAAAAGUUGAUUUAUAUCAGCUGGGGCUAUAUCUGAAAAUGUAUGCCUUCUUUUGUUCCUUUGGUCUUUUAACAUUGCUGAGAGGCAAGAAAUAUAUUUCAAAAUUGAGUUCCCUUCAGUCACAAUGGGACAUUUCACCAUUGAUUAGAAUCUUUAAAUUUUUCGUUUCCCUUCUUUUGUGAUCUAUACACUUAUCUCUAAUUCUGCUGAUUUUGCCCUGCAUCAGAUCAUGCAGGUUUUCAAGAUCUCCCUUAAAACACUUCCCUUCACCAGCACAAUUCUCCCACUCUGCUGCCUUUCAUCUCUAUUCCCCAAUAAAAGUUUUCUUACUGA